AUGGAGACCUCCUUGGAUAAGACCAAAUCGGGUGGUGUCCCGGAGAGCAACUCUCGUCUCCGGGCUAUAGGAGAUAGGGUUCUUACAGAGAAAGAUACAGAUGUGACACUUGCUUUUCUCAAGCUCUAUGAGCACGACGCAGAGCCAUUGUCUCCCGAGGAAGAGGGCCGAGUGGUCAGGAAGGUGCACCUAUGGAUUCUGACCCUUGUGCUACUCAUCAACUUGAUGCUGUUUCUAUCAAAAGGGAUAGGAUACACUGACCAAAAUGCAAUGCAGAUCGACAAAGCCACAUUGUCCUAUGCCUCCAUCCUGGACUUGUUCGAGGACACCCAUAUCGGGAAUACUGACUAUGACAACCUCAACACCAUUUUCUAUGUGGGUUACAUCGUCGCCCAGCUCCCCGGCCACUGGCUCAUCCAACAUCUGCCGCUGAGGCAGUUCAUGGCUGGAUCCAUCUUCCUCUGGGCCGUUAUUGUCCUGCUGCAUUGUACGGCGGUCAACUACGGCGGCCUGAUCGCGCUGCGCUUCUUCCUCGGCGCGGUCGAAGCGCCCCUUGUGCCCGCCAUGGAGAUCACGCUGGGCAUGUUUCUAAAACCGCAGGAACAAAGCACGGCGCAGCCUCUCUUUUGGAUCUCCUGCAUGGGCUCGCCCAUCCCCGCGGGCUUCAUCGCCUACGGCCUUCUCCGAAGCAACAGUUCCGUCCCUCCCUGGAAACUCUUCAUGGUCGUCACGGGGGGUAUCACGCUCUUCCUCGCCGCCUACACCUGGUUCUACUACCCGAGCAAUCCGACCGAGGCCCGGUUCCUGACCACCCGUGAAAAGGUGUACGCCGUGCAGCGCAUCCACGCCGCAACACACAGCUCCAUCGAGCAGAAGCACUUCAAACCGCACCAGUUCCGCGAGGCCCUCCGCGACCCGGUCUCCUGGCUCUUCUUCCUCGCCGCCUUCACCCUCAUGCUCUCCAACAAUCUCGCCUACCAGCAAAACCUACUCUUCGUCAGUCUGGGCGUCUCCGACCUCGGCUCCACCCUCGUCGCGGCUGCGAGCGGCGGCUUCUCCGUCGCCAGCUGCAUCGUCGCCGCCGUCCUCCUGCGCUUAUUCCCCGGCCAAGCCGCCUUCUGGGGCUUAUUCUGGUGCCUCCCCGCCAUCGCCGGGGGGAUCGGGAUGGUCGCGCUCCCCUGGGACAGCAAACUCGCCCUGCUAGCCUGUUUGAUUCUCGCAGGCGGGACCUUCGGAGUCACCUACAUCAUUACCCUGGGGUGGACCACGUCCAGCGCAGCAGGGCAUACGAAAAAGAUGACGCGCAACGCCCUGUUCAUGGUCGCGUAUGGGAUCGCCAAUAUCAUCUCGCCGCAGAUAUGGGUCGUCGCUGACGCGCCCCGCUACUACCCUGCGUGGAUUGCCCAGAUCGUGAUCAGCUGGGUUGGCUGUCCGCUCUGUCUAUUUGGGAUCCGAGCCAUUCUGCUCCGGCGCAAUGCGCUCCGUCGGGCCUGGCUCGCAGAACAGGGGUCUAGCGGUAAUUCCGGACGAGCGUAUCUUGAGAAGCGUGAUGCGAUGGGCAACCCCGUCACGGAGGAGGUGGAGAUCUCCUUGCUCGAUUUGACGGAUGGGGAGAAUAUGUUUUUCAUUUAUCCGUUGUGA